AUGUCCUCGAGCAAACCAUCUGAGCGUCCGCUCAAUUACCGUUCCAUGGAGCGACAGAACCUCAACCAAUCCCAGCUGGGAAGCUUCAAAUUCACUCCAGCCGGCAACAUCCGGCCCAUCGAUGCCAUUGCCAACAAGGUCAUGGGUGAUCAGCUUGCAGAGAGUCUCGCCAGAGCGACGAGAUCUGGAUUUUCACAGUACCAGACUGGCAAUUCCUUGAGAGAUUCUGUCACGACCGACAGUCAAGCGCCUCAAGGACCCGCGACUCCCUUGAUAAGUGAUGCAAACUUCUUCCAUACCCACAUUAAAUCCGACCUUGGUGAUUCGCGCCUGAGAUCUGGUCCUGAUGCGUUUCGCUCUACAGUGGAUGGUGCGACAAGCGACAGACAAGAAGUUGGCGCUGUGCUCACACAGCACUGUCCAACACCGUCUCUCGAUGCACAAGAGACAUUCUCCCUUCCAUUUCCCAUUCCCAUAAUGGAUCCAACAGUUGCUGCCUUUGUCCCAGACGGAUCUUCUGCUGCACCGCGUCCCUCAGAUGGAACGGCUAUCAACCAGUCAUUGUAUGUUGCUUUGAUGAAUGAACAAGACGCCCACAAUGCGACCAAAGUGGCGCUGAACAUUCAGAUCCAACGAUGUGCAGAGUUGGAAGGACAGCUCAAGAAAGUUAUGCAACAAGUCUCAGGCUUGACCACGACUGUCAGCCGUUUGAGGGCCAUCGUCAAGUACCACAUCAACAAUAAAAAGCGCUUUAAGAGAGGAGAAGAAAACGGAUCUAGAGGAAGAUGCAGAAGAAGCUGCGUUGAAGAAUUCUGUCACAAUCACGGGUGGCUUACCACGAACUCCGAUCAAGGAAUCUUGUAUGAUGCGUUAGAGCGGCAGAAGAAAAGGUAUGAAACCCAUGGAUAUCCCGAAAAGAAAGUUGUCUGUGGCACGACAUCAACCGAUAGCAUCGAAGUCGACGACGCGGAGCUUUUCAACUGGGACUGGUUGAAGAAUCUUGCUCGUGCUGCUGCGAAUCCCGUUCUGCAAGUGCCACCAGAAGUCGUUGACAAGUAUGCGCCGACACCAUCAGGCUCCAAAGGAGAAGUCUUGAAAGCCCAGUCAAACACUCAAAAGCCCACCAGGGAUUUGCCAAACAUCGGUAGUCUUCGAGCCAAGGAAGAGAAAGGAGCGUCUUCAGCCGUGGCCGACAACGAUGAUGGAGUCGAUCAGGCACGAUCUCCAGGACGUGAUGAUGAGAAGAAUCUAUCCCCAACUACUGUGGCGUCUUCUAAGAGCGGAUCUACCUUUCACAUGGUUACCUGUCCUUGGCUUCAAUUCCCAAAUGACGAUCUACACGGAGGACUCAUCUGGAGCGCGGUUGGAGAUACACCUCGGCCCUGGUUGCAGACCAGUUCUUUCCCAGCACAUCCUGUCCGCUACCUUCCUGAGGGCGCAGCCACCAGCCAGAACGCAUAUCGUACGAUCAUGAUCGACUGCAUUCCGGUCGGAACUACCGUGAAAGACGUCCUUUCUCCAGUCCGCGGUGGCUCUACGGAGUCUAUCGAGCUUUUUGCUCCAAUUCGCCUCCGUGAUGGUUCUUCAUUCAUGACCUCCCGAAUCGUGUUCGUUCAGGAAUCUGCAGCACAUGGAAUGUUUGAACGUCAAAUAGUGAAUGCGUUCGAGAUCGAUCAUCUCCCAGUUCGCACCUGGAUGCCUAUUGAUCCAACCUAUCCACGCAAUUCAGAUCUCAAUGACGCUAUUUUCGGCCAUGGAGCUUCGAGAAUUAGCGACAUCAGUGAGGAAUUGCUCAGAUCGAUUCCAGGAAGGCUGGAUCGCUUACACUUGGCUUGUGCGGUGAUUGAGUACAGUCGGACCUUCGACGGUCUUGCGGCGAUUGAGUUCGCCCACAUCAAGGCUGCUGCCAAGGCCGUCAGGAAUACCGUUUGUCUAUGGAAACCUAUUACCAGUGUUUCAGCGGUGGAGCCUGUGUAUGAUAACUCCCUUGUUCGACACCUGUUCUUAUUUGGUGGAGUUUGGCAUGACGCAGCAGAGUGUCGCUUUGGAAAGUCGGCUAUUUAUCAUCACUCUCAUCAUCCCGGUCUAGAAACGACAUACUGGCGAGGGUAA